GUGAUGUUACCUUUCAAGGAGCUGACGUGUAAUUAUUGUAAUUUUUUUUCAGUGAGAGAAUGAGGAAAUGCAAGGGAAAAGGACAAGAGAGUAGUAGGUGCAGAGACAGUGAAGGAAUUAUUCGUUUGUUACAAAUCGAGAGAAUGAGGAAAUGCAAGGAAAAAGGACUGGGCGUAGUGGAUGCAUGCAGAGCAGUAAGGGAAUUAUUCGUUUGUUACAAAUGUAACUAUGUGGCAAACUGUACUGCUGACUUAAUGAGUCAUUUGAAUGAAGAUAAUGCGAAUCUAUCGAAAGUGCCGAUUUAA